GAAGACGCGGGAGGCCCGGCAGCUGGAGGAGGGGGAAUGAGGCUCCGGGUAGGUGGGGCGGCGGAGUAUAAGGGGAGGGUGCCAACCUCCCGGACUGCGAAUCUCCCGAACUUUCAGCUACGGUUGCCAUCCUCCAGGUGGGGGCUGGAGAUCGCCCGCUUUACAACUCAUCUCCAGCUGCAGAGAUCAGCUCCACUGGAGAAAAUGGCUGCUUGGAAGGGUGGGCUCUUGGGCAAUGUACCAUGCUAAGGCCCUCUCCCGGAUCCACCCCCAAAGUCUCCAGAGAGCGCGGUUGUCAUGCAGCUACGCUGAUGGAGCCGGACUGCAAACGGCGGAAGACGGAAGAGCUGAAAGAUGCGUCUCCUUGGCAAGCGGUGCUGGUUCUUUCCGAGCGGGAAUUGCAGAGUGUCACGCUGAUGCCAGUCUACGCCGCCCCUGUCCUGGACAAGAAGGAGGCAUCGCGUUUGGUGAAGGAGGUCUCGGCGAUCUACCCGCUGGGUGAUUACCCACACUUGAAGCGGGUCCGCGCUUGCAGCUCCGGGCACAGCUCGCACCCGUUGGAGAUGAUCCUGUGCUUGGCGAGCGACGAACGCGAGCGGGAGACUUUACGGACUCUCUCAGGACUCUUUCCCGGUGGUCAACUGAACCUGUCCGGCUUGGGGGAACCUUUCUUGACCCAGGUGCCGGUCCACCCGCCCUUGACCAGACGCCAGUAUGAGGAAGCUGCCUCCCACUGGCCGGUCUCCUUCCACGAAAACAAACGCAUCACCCAGGCCCUGAACGGGUGUCUGUUCACUCCGUCAGAGAAGGCUGCCAUGCAAAGUCACAUGGAGCUGGCCAUCCAAGUUGCGCAGAGUGGGGAGAGGCAAGGAAUGAAACCGGUAGGGGCCGUGGUGGUCGAUCCAAUCACCGGGAGAGUCCUUGCAGCGGGGCACGACUGCAGGGAUGGCAUCAACCCCCUACUCCACGCCGCCAUGGUCUGCAUUGACCUGGUGGCCUGCGGCCAGGGAGGAGGGGCGUAUUGUUACCAAGACUAUCCUGGUUGCACCUUUCUUCCGUUGGCCAAUAGCUCGGACCAGGCCUCCUCUGGCCCCGACGGGCUACCAUACAUCUGCACCGGUUAUGACAUGUACUUGACGCGGGAGCCUUGCGUGAUGUGUGCCAUGGCGCUGGUGCACUCGCGCAUUGAGAGGGUCUUCUACGGGGCCCCCUCCCCGCACGGAGCCCUGGCGACCAAGUUCCACAUCCACAGCUGCAAAAACCUGAACCACCGCUACGAGGUUUACCGGGGCAUUCUGGAGGACCGGUGCCGUAACUUGGAACAGAUUUGUGUUCCUAAGUGACUUGUAACGGAGGGCUUCUUUUGAGGGAGGUCUGUCAUUCUUAUGCUUCUUUUUACCUUUUUGUUAAAAAGAUUAAAUCAUUUAUAGAAUGCU